GCGGAACUAAUGACGCUUCGGUCUGUCGUCGGACAAAUAAGUAGAUGCACAGAAUGUCAGUCUAGUAGAAUAAGGUGAAACAUCUGUGGUGUUCUUAUACUAUAUAGAAUACGCAGACAAUAUACCAGUCUGUAUAUUUUCAAGAUGACGCUGUUAAUUUAUUGAAAUGUUUAGCUCAUUGCGUAUCUGACCGCUUUUAAUCGCACAUCUGUCAAAAGUUGCGUGUCUUUGGACAUUCAGUAAGGAGGUCAGUGGAUUCAUUUCAGGAUGUCUGACUUUGGCACCGAAUCAAAUCUAUGCUCAGAGACUAAGCAGGGAUCAGCUGGUGAAGGUACUUUUAAAAAACGACUUGGUAUUAUUGCAACUUGUGUCGUCGGAGGGUCAUUGGUCGCUCUGUAUGCAGUGACCGGACCGUUUGUUGCACCAGCACUGAGGAAAGUUUGUCUGCCAUUCGUACCUGCAACAAGGACACAAAUUGAAAAUGUUCUAACGGUUUUGAAAACUAGAUCAGGCUCCCUGGUAGAUAUCGGCAGCGGAGAUGGACGGAUUGUUAUCGCUGCAGCAAAAAGAGGCUUCAAGGCAGUUGGCUUUGAGCUCAACCCAUGGCUGGUCUGGUACUCCCGUUACAAAGCCUGGAGGGAAGGUGUUCAUCAUAGCACAUCUUUCUAUAUUUCAGACCUUUGGAAGGUCAGUUUUUCAGAGUACUCCAAUGUGGUCAUCUUUGGGGUUCCUCAAAUGAUGGAGCAGCUUGAAGUCAAGCUCCAAACAGAGCUUCAGAGUUCAGCCAAAGUAGUAGCUUGUCGCUUUCCUUUUCCCACUUGGACUCCUGAUGAUGUAGCUGGAGAGGGAAUUGACACUGUGUGGAUUUAUAAUGCCAAGACAUUCAAACCACACAUCGGAAAUGAUAAAGACAGUGAGAGACAAGAGAUGCCAUAAGUCUUCAGCAGUGAUGAACUAGGAAAACGAAUACUUCUUUUUUUACAAUAUUGAAAAACAUUUUGUCUCUGUAAUAUCAUUGUAAAAUUCAGAAUAUAUUGGUGUCCUUAGGUUCAUAAUAAAAUAUUUGUUUUAGUAAAAA